AUUCGGUUUUUAGUUUACUGACUGGCAAGUUCGUAUGCCCCAGUAGUCAGUACGCCCAACAACGACAUACAUAGCGAAUUUAUUAUUUAAUUUAAAUAUUAAUUAUAUCGAAUUUCAACUUGUUGCGCCGUGCCCGUUGUUGGUGUGGCCUAAUUAUUAUUAUACAGUUUACCUAAUACCAAUAUUUGGGGUCCUUUAUUUUUUCAAGAAAUAUUAUGGCGUUAAACAGUAGUAAGAAACUUAUAAAAGUAUUUUCGGAACAAGCGUUGGCAUCUACAAGAAACUAUGGAACUGUCAAAAGAGUUGUGGCUUCUAAGCCGGUGGUUGAAAUGGAUGGAGAUGAGAUGACACGCAUAAUCUGGGAAAAAAUUAAGGAAAAACUAAUAUUUCCAUAUGUUAAGCUCGAGUGCCUGUACUACGACUUGGGACUCCCCCACCGGGAUGCCACGGAUGAUCAGGUCACCAUCGACGCGGCGCACGCCAUCCUCAAACACAAUGUCGGCAUCAAAUGUGCAACGAUAACACCUGAUGAACAAAGGGUUGAAGAGUUCAAAUUGAAAAAGAUGUGGCUUAGCCCAAAUGGUACGAUUCGUAAUAUAUUGGGCGGUACCGUGUUUCGGGAGCCCAUUCUCUGCAAGAGCAUACCUCGAGUUGUUCCCGGAUGGACCCACGGGAUAGUGAUUGGACGACACGCGCACGGUGAUCAGUACAAGGCUCAAGACUUCAUCAUCUCCAAACCUGGAAAGGUGGAGAUGAUAUACACGGCAGACGACGGCGCCGUGACCAACAAGUUGCUGUACCAGUUUAAGUCACCCGGCGUCGCCAUGGGCAUGUACAACACAGACGAGUCUAUUCGCGCCUUUGCACAUUCCAGUUUCCAGGUUGCUCUACAGAAAAAAUGGCCAUUGUACUUGUCAACAAAGAACACCAUCCUUAAAUUUUAUGACGGUCGCUUUAAGGAUAUCUUCCAAGAAAUUUACGACGGUGAAUACAAGAAGCAGUUUGAAGACGCCAAGAUCUGGUACGAGCACCGGCUGAUCGACGACAUGGUGGCGCAGUGUGUCAAGAGCUCCGGUGGCUUCGUGUGGGCCUGCAAGAACUACGACGGUGACGUACAGUCCGACGUCGUCGCGCAGGGCUACGGUUCCCUGGGCAUGAUGACGUCAGUGCUGAUGUGCCCCGACGGACGCACGGUGGAGUCGGAGGCGGCUCACGGCACCGUGACGCGGCACUACCGCCUGCACCAGCAAGGCCGGCCCACCUCCACCAACCCCGUGGCCUCCAUCUACGCCUGGACCCGCGGCCUGCUGCAUCGCGCCAAGCUCGACGACUCGCCCGACCUGGCGCGGUUCGCGCUCGCACUCGAGGAGGCGUGCGUGGAAUGCAUCGACAGCGGUAAGAUGACCAAGGACUUAGUGAUUUGCAUUCAUGGCGUAAAGAACACGAAAGACGGAAUGUUUUUGCACACUGAAGAUUUUCUGCAAGCGAUCGCUGAUCAACUGGAGCGGAAAUUAUCUAAGUAAUAAAUAAUGUUUGCCACUAUAAACCGUGAGAUUCUAUCUUUGAUAUUAAACGAGAUUUGUAAAGUUAGGAAUGAAUAUUAAUUUAGGUACCUUCUUUUUAUAUUAUUGUAUUCAUUCGAAGUGUUAAUACCGUAACCUACUACUAGGUACGGUUACGUACCUACAAGGAACGGUAACGAAAAGAUUCCAAUGAGUUAUUUGACUGAAUAUGGAUAAGUAACAUGUGUAUCUGCACCUAUUUUACGAAUGUGGUGCAGGUGUAGGUUUAGAAAAACAAAAUAUGGUUUCGAAGAGGUAGUAAUAAAUUCCAUAUUGAAAAUACAGCUAAAAUCAUUAUUAAUUUUUACUCCUAUACAAAGAGAUAGUUGUAAUAUAAUCAGGUGCUAUACAAAGGUGCUUAUUAUUAGGCAUUGUGAACAUACCUACUUACAUAUUAAGAGAAAUGUUACUUAAGUGCUUUUUAAGUAAUCCUUGUCUUUAUAAUUUAUUUUAUUAUGCAAAAUCAUGUUUGAUGAUCAUAAGAUAAAGUGAAUAAAUUUUCUAUUUUA